AUGGCCGUUGCGCAAAGGUGCCUCUCCAGCAUGUCCAGCGGGGCCAGGACGCACUGGACGCUGCCAGCAGUUCUUGUGCUGUGGACUUCUCUCUGGGGGAUCGUUUCAUCUUAUCCGAUUCCGAGCAGGACUAAUGCGACUUUAAUGGAAAAGAAGUGGGAGACGCUCUUCUCCCGAUCCUAUCUGGGUAUAACUGGGGGGAAAUCGGAGCUGAACUGGGAGAGUGACUAUUUGCAGGGCAUCAAAAGAGUGCGGCGACUGUACUGCAACGUGGGCAUUGGGUUUCACCUGCAGGUGCUCCCGGACGGCAGGAUAAGCGGUGCACACAAUGAGAACCAAUACAGUCUGAUAGAGAUCUCCACCGUGGACCGAGGAGUGAUCAGCAUGUUCGGGGUGAGCAGUGAGCUGUUUGUCGCAAUGAACAGCAGGGGAAGGUUAUACGGAACGAGAGUCUUCGUGGACGAGUGCAAGUUCAAGGAGACUUUGCUGCCCAAUAACUACAACGCCUAUGAGUCUUUUGUUUACAAGGGCUUCUACGUCGCCCUCAGCAAGCACGGCCGAGCGAAGAGAGGCGACAAGGCCUCCACCGCCAUGACCGUCACACAUUUCCUCCCGCGGCUAUGAGAGAAGAAACUGGCAAUAACUCAGUAAU